AUGUUUUUGAAUUUUCCAUUGAUAUUACUCUCCUUGUUUCAUCUUUUGCUUGCUGUUGAAAUUUCUUCCUCUGUUCGACUGGUUUGCCGUAGCAAUGAGAGCUUGGCUUUGUUGCAGUUCAAAGAAAGCCUCAUCAGCAGCAGGGAUGCUUGUAAAGACCCUUUUGGUUAUCCAAAAGUUGAAUCAUGGAAACUCCAUGGAAAAGGUGGAGAUUGUUGCUCUUGGGAUGGUGUGGAAUGUGAUGAAAGAAGUGGCCAUGUAGUUGGUCUGAACCUCAGCAACAGUUGUCUCUAUGGUUCUUUCAACUCAAGCAAUAGCCUUUUCCAACUUGUUCAUCUUCGGAUGCUGGAUCUGUCCAACAAUGAUUUCAACCUUUCAGAAAUCCCAUCUGCAAUUUCCAAUCUCUCAAGGUUAACUUCUCUCAGACUAUCUAAUUCUUCGUUUUCCGGUCAAAUUCCUUCUCAACUUUCACAUCUAUCAAACUUAUCUUUUCUUGAUCUUUCUUACAAUAUAGAUAUUAUUUAUGAAGAAAAUUUGUUGGAACUGAAAACUUCUAUUCUGAGAAAUCUAGCAAAAAACCUAAAAAGCUUAGAGAUACUUCAUCUAGAUUAUGUAAACGUAUCAUCGGAAUUACCUGAAACACUGGCCAAUUUGUCUUCUUUGACAACUCUGUCUCUAGAAAAUUGUGGAUUGUCUGGUGAAUUCCCACCUAGCAUAUUUCAUCUCCCUAACUUACAGUUUCUAAAUGUCCAGUACAAUGUAGAUCUUACUGGGUUUAUCCCAGAAUUUCACUCCAGCAGUCCCCUAAAGUCAUUGAGGCUUAGGAGCACAAAUUUCUCUGGUCAACUACCUUCUUCAAUAGGGAACAUAAAUUCCCUAUAUGAUAUGGUUAUUAGCUACUGUAACUUCUCAGGUCCCAUUCCAUCUUCUUUUACCAACUUGACCCAACUGUCCUAUUUGGAUUUGUCCCACAAUCGUUUAACUGGUGAGAUCCCACUUUGGAUCAUGAAACUGACCAAAUUGAAAAGGCUAUACCUUUCAUUCAAUGAGUUUCAGGGCACAAUUCCAACUGCCAUCUCUGAACUCAUGAAUCUUGAGUAUCUUGACCUUGCUUCAAAUCGCCUUAAUGGAACAGUGGACAUGGACAUGUUUCGAAAUCUCAGGAAUUUAACUCUACUUCUUUUGUCAUCCAAUGCCUUGUCAUUGGUUUCGAAACCCAGUUCGACUUUUGUUCAGAAGUUUCAUGUUCUAGGAUUUGGUUCAUGCAACUUAACCAAGUUCCCAAGUUUCCUGCAGAACCAAAAUGAAUUACAGUGGCUGGACCUGUCAAACAACAGCAUUCAUGGCUUGAUACCCAAAUGGAUUUUGAAUAUCAGUAAAGAAACCAUGCAGUAUCUGAACCUAGGCCAAAACUUUUUGACAGGCUUUGAGCAAUCUCCUCUUUUUCUUCCCUGGUCAGCUUUAGAAGUAAUAAGCCUUGGAUACAACAAUUUGCAAGGAUCAAUCCCAGUUCCUCCACCAUCCACGAUGGUUUACAUUCUCAAUGACAAUGAACUGACUGGAGAAAUCCCAAGAUCAAUUUGCAGCCUGAAUCAACUCAACACCCUCGAUUUGUCUUACAACAAAUUGAGUGGCUUGCUUCCUCCAUGUUUCAACAACUUCAGUAAUUCUCUGACAUAUUUGAAGCUACGAAAGAACCAUUUUUAUGGCACGAUUCCUUUGACAUUCACAAAGGAAAACGGCUUAAAAAUGUUCGAUUUAAGCGAGAACCAAUUUAAGGGUCAGAUUCCAAGGUCACUUGCAAUCUGCACAAUGCUAGAGUAUGUUGACCUCAGUAGCAAUCAGAUCAAUGACACUUUUCCAUUCUGGUUGGGAAAUCUUCCUUACUUCAAAGUUCUUAUCCUGCGUGCUAAUCAAUUCCACGGUGCAAUAAAGAGCCCUGACUUGGAAACAAGCAUUUAUGGUUUUCCUGCUUUGCAAAUCAUUGAUCUCUCUUAUAAUGAUUUCUCCGGACCUUUGCCCUCGAGCUACUUCCAGAGUUGGAAUGCCAUGAAAUUUGUACCCACCGGGGGGUUAGCAUAUAUGAAGGCACCAAUGUAUCUCAAAAUGGAGAGUUGUGGAUGGAUUAAUCAGUUCCAUUACUCCUUUUUACUGAUGAACAAAGGCACAGAGACAGAAUACGACAAGAUCAAUGAAUUCCUCACUGUCAUCGAUCUUUCAAGCAACAGAUUGGAUGGUAACAUUCCUGAGUGCAUUGGCAAUCUUCAAGGUCUAUACUCACUCAACCUUUCCCACAACAUUCUCACAGGUCACAUUGUACCAUCCUUGGGAAACAUAACAAUGUUGGAAUCAUUGGACCUUUCUCACAAUGAGCUUACAGGGGAGAUUCCUCAAGAACUAAAACAGCUCAAAUCGCUUUCUUCCUUCUAUGUCUCUUACAAUCAUCUAAGAGGUGUCAUACCAAAAGGGGAACAAUUUGACACUUUCGACGCGAAUUCAUUCGAUGGGAAUCCAGGAUUAUGUGGGAAGCAAUUGUCGAAAGGGUGUGACGGGUCUGAGAACCCCCCAACAUCUACAGCAUUUGAAGAAGAUGAAGGCUCAAUCUUCGAGUUUGAGUUAGAGUGGAGAAUUGUUGUGGUGGGAUUUUCAACUGGGAUAGCAGUUGGAGUUGGCAUUGGCUACUGGUUCACCACUCGGAAACGUAGCUGA